CUCUCUCUCUCUCUCUCUCUCAGAUAGGGAGGGAAAAGACCCUCUGUGGAGCAUGCUGACUGAGUUUAUUUUAACUUAUUAAUACUAGACUAAGUGACCAAACAUACAGCUGAGCUGGUAUAUAAUGAGACCAUACAUGUUUACAGAGUGCCUGUUUUUGACAUUUAGGGAUUCACCCAGCUGCCUGCAGAGAAAUGAUUAAAGAUAAGACUCAACAUCUUGUAUUACUUUGUGUAGAACGUAUUAAUUUAUUCCAAGUCAACACAUAUUUAUUAAGCAACUACUAUAGUUGUAUAGACAAUAAAGAAAUCAGUAAUCAGUGUUUAUUUCACACUCUGAAGAGACUUUUAAUCAUGUAAAUACAUAGUCAAAUAUAAGACAGAACAAGAAAGGUGUCUUAAAUAAGGUAGGUACAAAGUGUUGUGGGGAUCCAGAAGACUAUGGCUCCUUGGGGGAGAUCUGGGCCUUAAAGAACAAGUAGUCUUUAGUCCUUGCACAGAAAGGUUCUUGAGGUAAAGGAGGCAACAGUUGAUGUUUCAGAGAAAGCAUCAUCAAUAAACACACACACACACACACAAAAGUGCUAGCUAUAUUAAGUGAUUACUAAAUCACUUACUUUAUCUGGAGUUCAGAUUCCUUCACACUAUAUUUAGAGCAACAGUGGGAUAAGAUUGGAAAGGUAGAUUGGGGGCUUAUUCAAGAGGAACUUAGAAUAUGGAACUGGGUAUUUGUAAUUCAAAGGAUAUUGUUAAUGUAGAGAUGUUCACAUUAGUUUACCAGAGCUAUCACUAUUCUAGGGAAUAUACACUAACCAAAUGCCCCCAAUCUCUCUUCACAUAUAAUUUUAUCAUCUAUAAUGGAUAUAUAUCAUUUAAUUAUAUGGAUGUACCAACAUAUAUGUAAUCAUUCACCUGUUGCUGAACCUAUAGGUUGUUUCUAAUAUUCUGCCAUUGCAAUAAUAUUAUAACACCCUUCUUUUGCUAAUUUUUUUUGCAUUGCUUCUAUAGGCUAGAAUCUUAGAUAUUAAACUGAUAGGAUAAGAUAUAAAAUAAUUUAAGAUUGCUGAUAUAUAUUUUAAAAUUAAUUUGCCCAAGCAUUUGUGAAAAUUUACAGUUCUAGUUGAGGUUUUAAAUUUAGUAGUUUGUAGGUAUUUUAAGUUUUGCCCCUGAUUUCUUCAUAGGUGCUGCUAAGCCUUUGAUAAGUUUUACUCCAUGAAAGACUAUUACUGAAAAAAACUUAAUCUCAAUAAAAGAACUUUAAUAAGCUUGACUAAAUAUUUAGAAAGCACAUUGUGUUCAGUGAAACUUUGUAUAUAAUGAAUAGAAUAAUAAAAGAUUAUAUUGGAUGACUAGUCUGUAAUUGCCUCAAGGAAAGCAUACAAUGAAUAAGUUAUUUUGGUACUUCCUCAAAAUAGCCAACACAAUAGGGAAAUGGAGAAAAUGUACUCUGAACACCAUGAAAAGGGAACCUGAAAAUCUAAUGUGUAAACUUGGAGAAAUGACAUUAGAAAACAAAACCAACAAAAGACAACACUCUCCAAAAUAAUCUGAGAUGCAUGAAAGGCAAACAUUCACUAGAGUUGGAAUUUCCCUAAGUCUAUGUAGAGAUAAGUAGCAUAUUUGACCUUCACCAUGAUUAUCAAGCACUUCUUUGAAAUUGUGUUGGUGCUGCUGGCCUCUACCACUAUCUUCUCUCUAGAUUUGAAACUGAUUAUCUUCCAGCAAAGAAAAGUGAAUCAAGAAAGUUUAAAACUCUUGAAUAAGUUGCAAACCUCGUCAAUUCAGCAGUGUCUACCACACAAGAAAAACUUUCUGCUUCCUCAGAAGUCUUUGAGUCCUCAGCAGUACCAAAAAGGACAUACUCUGGCCAUUCUCCAUGAGAUGCUUCAGCAGAUCUUCAGCCUCUUCAGGGCAAAUAUUUCUCUGGAUGGUUGGGAGGAAAACCACAUGGAGAAAUUCCUCAUUCAACUUCAUCAACAGCUAGAAUACCUAGAAGCACUCAUGGGACUGGAAGCAGAGAAGCUAAGUGGUACUUUGGGUAGUAAUAACCUUAGAUUACAAGUUAAAAUGUACUUCUGAAGGAUCCGUGAUUACCUGGAAAACCAGGACUAUGGCAGCUGUGCCUGGGCCAUUGUCCAAGUAGAAAUCAACCGAUGUCUGUUCUUUGUGUUCAGUCUCACAGAAAAGCUGAGCAAACAAGGAAGACCCUUGAACGACAUGAAGCAAGAGCUUACUACAGAGUUUAGAAGCCCAAGGUAGGUGGAGGGACUAGAGGACUUCUCCAGACAUGAUUAUUUCUGUUC